ACACAAAAAGCGGGUCAGUUCUGUCAUCCAUAUCGCAUCGCAGCUCCAGUGGUCGACCAUCAUCGCCGUCAUUCAAUCCUUUUUCGCAGUCACUUCGCUGUUUUUGCUUCUGAACUCGAAAGGUCAUCGUCGUAUCUCGUUGCGUUCUCCGCGAACAACGAAUAAAAGCAGUAGAGUGUGUAAUUUUGAUAAGGCUUUUGUUGUUGGCCAAAGUGUUGUUAUCUCGUUUGAAAAGUGCGGCUCGUUUGGGGGGUGGAUUCAGCGGAAGAUGUUAUCGAUAGGAGGAAGACUCCAGCAUACGGUGCUCGGAUAUCUUCUGUUGGUGCUGGUGGCUUUUGCUGGCGUUGCAUUAUGUUCUUCGGACAAGUCUAGUGACAUCGAACGAAAGCUAACAGCGCGGUUGAAUCCCGAUUGUCCGGAGGACGUUUGCGCGGGCGAAGGCAAUGCUUUGACGUUGAUCCACAUCCGGGCCGAUUCGGAUCUGGAUACGAUCCACUACGUGUGGGAUUUUACCGGGAAGCCGACAAUUUUGGUGGCCUUGACCAGGAAGAAUGCCUCCUUGAAGAUCAAUUGGUACGACUUGCUAGACGCAAAGCCAUCCUCCGUCCAGUUCAGCGAGACGCCCAUUUAUACGUUCAUGACGGUCAUUAACCGGAUAUUCCAAUUUGAUGAUCCAGAGGACAAGGGAAUGCUAGGGGAAAAUGCCACUCUGUUCGUUUAUGACCCGCAUGAGUUCAGCUACAAUCGUACGUUGCUAUGGUUCAACGAGAAGGAUGUUAUUGCUGCGUUAAACGCCAAUAACGAUUUUCUAUUCAAGCUGAAUGCUUUCUCAACGCGAGACCACGGAAUGGAUUUCCCGCACCUGUUACACACGUCCAACUCCACUCAGGUCGAUAUCGUCUUCAACAACGUCAGCACCAAGUUUGACCGGCCACGCUUUGCGAUGGAGUUGCUGUUUGUCGUAUCGGAACAAGCCGUGAGCGGGACCGAUUUCCAGAUCACCAAGCGGAGAAGCUUGGACGACGAGCACACGCCGGGAAUAUUCGAAAUCAUCGACGUGUUGUCGCCGGGGGUUUUCAAGUUCUCGACCGGAGGCUACAUCGAGUAUCGGCCUGUAUCCUACACGCACCCGGAACGUGAUGUCUCAACCUCAACCGAAACCCACCAAAGCGAACCGAAAGCCGUGGAAUAUCCUGCCGAUGCGUUGAAUGCCACCCUGGCCUAUGCCAUUUACGGACAAAAGCUGGACACGCUGUUGGUUCAAGGCAUGAACAUUUCGUUCGGGUUUAGCGGCGACGGGUUCUACACCAAGUCCAAUUACACCACAUUGACGUUCCAGGUCGGGUUCGGAAUGCCUCCGCCAGAACGACUGUCCGCCUUUGUACUGAUAGUGGCUGGAAUAGGGAUAGGUCUGCCGCUUGCAAUGCUCGUUUUUGGAGGAUUCUACAUUUGCACCAGAAAGUUGAGAAAUCGACCGGGAACUCGCGUGUAGGAAGAAGUAAUCUCCAAUGAUCCAAUGCGCAUUUCUCGUUUAGCCAUAAAGGAACCUCUAUAAUAAGUAUUGACACAUAUUCUCUGCCUAGGAUUUAAGAGGUACAUAUAAUAAUUCAAAUGUGAUAGCAAAUUAUUGAAUGAGUGUUGCAAGGGUAAUAAAGUUUAGUUUUGUAGGAAAAAUA